AGGAAUCUAUAGACCUGGUUCCCUCAUGCGGUCACGUCGUACUGCAUGCCUCGGCUCCUUCGCGCAGCCGCCCUUCCACACGUUCUGCCUCCGCGCCGCCGCCGAGCUCCCGACCGUCGUGUUGUCCGUGCAGUACCGCCUCGCCCCCGAGCACCGCCUCUCCCCCGAGCACCGCCUCUCCCCCGAGCACCGCCUCCCCGCGGCCAUCACGACGGCGCGGCUUUCUUGUCCUGGCUGCGCGGCCAGGCCGAGCUUGGUGCCGGCGCCGACCCGUGGCUCACCCGGACGUUCCUCUCCGGCGACUCGGCGGGUGCCAACCUGGCCCACCACGUCACGGUCCGCGCAGCGUCGGGGCAGAUCGCGGUCAGCCCGGCGCGCGUCGUCGGGUACAUCCUCCUCUCCGCGUUCUUCGCUGGGGCCGAGCGCACGGCGACGGAGGCCGACCUGCGGGCGGGCGUGUCCCUGACGAUCGCGAUGGCCGACCAGCUCUGGCGCAUGUCGCUGCCGGUGGGGGCUAGCUUGGACCACCCGCUGGCCAACCCGUUCGGCCCGGAGAGCCCGAGCCUCGCUCCGGUGGAGCUCCCGCCGGCGCUCGUCGUGGCGCCGUUGAGCGACGUGCUCCGCGACCGCGUGCUGGGCUACGGGGCGAGGCUGAAGGACAUGGGGAAGGCCGUCGAGGUUGUCCGGUUCGAGGGGGAGCAGCAUGGCUUCUCCGUCCGCCAGCCGUUCGGCGAGGCGGCCGACGAGUUGCUGCGGGUGAUCAAGCGGUUCGUCUACCGCGGCAACUGA